AUUGCUGUAAGGCUGCAGUGGUCAGUGGGCUACUGUAGCAAUGGAAGAUCCGGCUAAAACCAUGUCAAGAUUCAGCCUCACCAUGACUGACACGAAUAUACCUGUAUCAACCACAACAUUGGCCUUGUAUUAUAUCCCGGGAUGCUUUCUAACGUUGUGUUCGUUCGCGUAAUGACAUGGCGAAUACACGAUAUCUGACAGCAAUAUCUGUGCGUCCUUCUCCGUCGCUCAGAUCCGGCGCCAGCAAUCGCGGGUCCAAUUCGAGUUCAUGUCCCUGACUAAGACGGAGACCGACGACGGCGAGAGCGGACCACUUUUUGUGUUAGUACCGCACUCGGAGGAACCGUGACUCGAACUGCAUUUUUAUAACUGCCAGCCUUCUAUCAAUCACUACAGUGACAGACCGGAAGGAGAUCGAUCACACUCAAGAUCAAUCUCGUGCAAUUACACCUCGGUCAUUGUUUCCUUACCUCCCUUACACCGUUUUUCACUUCCCACCAAACACAUCUUCCAAUACAAACAAAAUAUCAAAUCACAUCACAAUACCAUGGCCACCACAUCCCGACCAGGCCGCCUCGCCGGCAAAAACGCAAUCAUAACCGGCGCCGCCGGUGGAAUCGGCCUCGAAACAACCAUCCUCUUCGCACGUGAAGGAGCAUCCGUCCUGAUGGCCGACAUAUCCGAGCCCGCCCUGGCCGCCGCGCUUUCCAAAGUAAAACAACUCGUCCCCGACGCCCCCGGCCGCCUAAGCACAAUCAAAUGCGACGUGUCCAAAGAAUCCGACGUGGCCGCCAUGGUCGAGUCACAAGACCAAUACGGCGGCAUCGACAUCAUGUUCAACAACGCGGGCAUCAUGCACCCGCAGGACGACGACGCCAUCGGGACCCCCGAGCAGAUCUGGGAUCUGACCCAGAACAUCAACGUCAAGGGCGUAUGGUACGGCUGCAAGCACGCGGUACUAAGUAUGCGACGCAACAAGAAACCGAAAGGCUCAAUCAUCAACACGGCCAGUUUUGUUGCGCUCAUGGGCGCCGCCACCCCGCAGCUCGCGUAUACUGCUUCAAAGGGCGCCGUGUUGGCCAUGACGAGGGAACUGGCUAUUGUGCAUGCUCGCGAAAAUAUCCGCUUCAAUUCUCUCUGCCCGGGGCCGCUGAACACGCCACUUUUGCAGGAUUGGUUGGGCGAUGAUUUGCAGAAGCGGCAUCGGAGGGAGGUUCAUUUCCCCUCGGGACGGUUUGGCGAGGCUGUUGAACAGGCUCAUGCGGUUGUGUUUUUGGCCAGCGAUGAGAGUAGCUUUGUUAAUGCUGCUGAGUUCCUCGUUGAUGGGGGGUUGACUAAGGCUUAUGUUACGGGCGAGGGUCCGCCGGCUGCGGCGCCGGUGAACAAUGCUCGCUAGACUAGAUCUGCUGAAAUAGUGAGAGUGUAUGUCUCGAGUGGUCGUCUACGACGCCCCAGCACGUCUUCUACUGCGAUGGGAAAACGUAGGACGGAGUCGAGAAUACUAGUUUCCCAGGACCUGUUGGUGGCCAGUCCGUGGAGUUUGCUAAGAGGUUGCAGUUGCAUUUUUAUGGGGUCCAGGUCGCGGAAGAAUAGGUAGACAGGCUUGAGAAGGAGGUAUUAGACAGUUCAAUUAAAGUAUCGGUCUGAUCUGACAUUCGGUUCUGUUCUUACAUCAACCAGCUGGCGAGCCCAGAUCAAAGGCAGGACCGUUUUGUCAAAGAAGGGCCUGGCCGUCUCG